CAGGUACCUAGGAAUGACCUGAAGGGAAACAUGGUUAAUUUACAAGCUACCCUAACUUAUUUUGGAAACAUUUAAGGUUUAAAAGAUUGGUCAGGCUGGGUUCUUGUGCCCUUUCUGAACUUUUCAGCAUGGAUGUGGAUGCUUGUGAGACCACAAGUUUUCUUAUGCACACAGGUUAUAUCGUCUAGACCUGUCUCCUAGAUUGGGGACAUAAGUGCCUGGGUUUGGGCCUCUCAGAACCUGUUUGGCAACAAAUCAUGACACUUGAUUAUGCCCAAACCCACUUCUGAGAGUUUUGUUUCUUUCCGUGCCCAGUUACAUCUAAUUUUCACUCCAAAUAAAUGAGAUCUCACUCUUUGCACAAUUUUGAAUCUUGCCUUUACAUUUUAAUAUCUGCCAUGUCCUUAAAUAUUCAGAGUGGAGUGGGGGAGAUCGUAAUAGGACUGCCCAUAAUUAAAACCGCCUUUUGCAAGACUGCAUUCCAGAAAAUAGGGGCUCUUUGCCAUCGUCCUCUAUCUUCCUGCUCUCGCGCGCUCGCUCUUUCUUGGUGUUCCCCUAGCCCUGCUGUGAUCCGGCAGCCGGGAUUCGCGCCCGUCGUAGCAGUGCUUAAGGUCUGCUCCCACGCACCUGGGCAAGCGACUCGCAAAUGGGCCCCCAGUUUUGCGCCAACCUGCUCCCACCCACAAGGCCUGUCCCGCCCCGCGCCCGCCCCCUCCGCGCGCAUUGGCGCAGCCUGCUGUCUGUCCCCAGGCGGCUGGGGAGGGGGCGCCGCUCAGCUGCGGUCCCUGUACAGCGGGCUGCUGGAUCGCCGGCGCGACCACGGCUCUCCGGCUGUCUGGGCACCUGGCCCUGCGAGCGCGCCCCGACCUCGGAAGGAAUGUUGGCCAUAGACGCUGGCCACUCUCGGUUGAUCUUUAAAUAAAGCAACAAUUUAUCCAGUAAAGGUCUUUGAUGAAGAAAUUAAAGAGAAAAAUUACAAGCAAUAGAGAAAGUAGGCAUCUGUGUACCAGAGAAACCACCUAAAACAACUGUAUGGAGUAAAAGGAAUGAAAGAACCUGGAAGAAAUUUUAGUUAGUGUGAUAGUUUUGUCCACUUUUUUUUUGUCAUAAAAGGCUGCUGAGGAGGAGAGAAUAUAGUUUUCUAGAGAAUGAAAAAGUGUAGUGUAAAAAUGGAGACCACACUCUCUGAAAUUCAAGUAGAAAACAAGGAUGAGAAAAGAUCAGCAGAAGGUAGUCCUCAGGGUGAGAGGCAAGAAGAAAAAGCAUCAGUGCUUUGCUUCAAGAGAAGAAAGAAAGCAGCCCAAGCGCUGAAGCCCAAAGCUGGCUCUGAAACUGCCGAUGCAGCAUGCAAGUAUCCCCCAGAAGCUGGAGCUUCUGGUCAGUCAGAGCCCCUCGGUGGGGCCUGGGCCUCAGUCAAACGUCUUGUAACACGGAGGAAAAGGUCAGAUUCUUCAAAGCACCAAAAGCCCUUUGAGGUUAAAGUAAAACCUGAAAUAAGUGCUGAGGACACUGAUCUUUCUGAGAAAAAAGCUAAAUCCAGACUUAAGAUUCCCUGCAUAAAAUUCUCACGAGUUAAGAAAAGUAACCAUUCCAAAAUUGUAGAAGAUUCAGACUGCAGCAUCAAAGUACAGGAAGAGGCUGGAAGUUUGGAUACAAAAACUCAGACUCAAUUGAAUGUCCAGAUAACAAAAGCCAGGUCGAUCCAGGAUCUAAGUGAAGGUGUCACACAGAAAGAUGGUAAUGAGAUAAGUGAAUCAAAUGAGAGCAACAACAUAUCUUCUCCUGGAGAGAAAGUGGUUUCAGUAGAACUUGGAUUACAUACUAUUCAAACAGAAACUCUAAUCCUUGAAAAAGAUAAUGAAAUGAAUGAGGAAAAACAAAGCAUUCAACACCAGCAAGCAAGCCCACUUGAAACUUCAGAAACAGACCAUCAGCUACCAGUGGUUUCUGAUGUUCUUCCCUCACGUGCAAUUCCAGAUCUACAAAUUGCAGAAGAAACCAGUGACAAUAAUAUCCUAGAAAGAGGACAAAACUGGAAAGACCAUGCAAGUAGAGAGAUUGUAGCCAAAGAGAGUAAGCCAAAAGAUACUGAAGCGAGUACUGGUGAAUCAGAUUUUAAAGGUAAUGAGAUCAAUGUGGAAAAACCCAGAUCAGAAAAAAGCAGAAGAAUGGAACCAAUUGCUAUUAUUAUUACAGACACUGAAAUCAGUGAAUUUGAUGUUAAGAAAUCUAAAAAUGUCCCUAAAAAAUUCCUAAUUUCUAUUGAAAAUGAGCAAGUAGGGGUUUUGGCGAAUGAUGGUGGUUUUGCGGGUAGAACUUCAGAACAAUAUGAAACGCUCUUAAUAGAAACAGCUUCUUCUCUUGUCAAGAAUGCUAUCCAGUUGUCUGUAGAACAGCUGGUUAAUGAAAUGGCCUCUGAUGAUAAAAUAAACAAUCUUCUACAGUGACUUCAUUUCCAAAUCAUGCGUGGAAAAAAAGCUUAAUGAUGAAUUAUUUUAUGUAUUUGUGGCAUUUCUUAUUCACUAACAAAUGAGAGAUUUAUCAUCUGUGGAAUUUAAAGGUACAAUUCUAGCCCAAAAGUGCUAAAGAAUAAAUCAAGUUUAUAAAGCCUUCCCUGCCACUGAAAUGCAAUUACUUCUGGAUUGGAGGAAGUCAGUACAGAAUGUAAUGCAAAGUGACAUAAAGGAGUUGCUAAAACAGCAUGUGGAGACUCGAGUGCUUUGGGGAAGGAAGAUGUAUUUAUUCAGCACUUAUGGUAUGGUCCUCAAUAAGCUCUUUAAUGUUCUCUGAUGUCUGAAAGUCGGAGUUCCCUUUGAUAGUUCAACCCUGUGUAUAGGUUAACAUUGCAUUCAAUUUUCAAAAGGUUUUUUUUUUUUUUUUUAACAGUGUUCUUUUAUACUGUUUAAAAUAGUAAGGUGAGUUAUUUUUCGUGAAUGUGAUUUAUAGUUAUUACCCUCCUAGGCAGUGGUCUUUACCUCAAAAAACAUUGCAUUUCUCAUUUUUACCAGAGAGUAUGCAGAAUAUACCUAUUUGAAUUAGACAUGAAUGAUUUUCUAGUCUGUUCAAGUCCCAUGUCCCAUGAUUUCCUUCAAACAGGCAAAUAAUUACCAAGUGGAAAGGUGUGGAAAUGGGGAGUGCAUUUUCCCCCUCCAUCUUCCUUCAGCCCCAACAGACCUGGAUAUUUCUAUUUCUGCAUGGGCUCAUCUGCUGAAAAGUUAAAAACAAACAAAAAUAACAAGAACUAAAAGAGGGGAAUAUUAUUUUUCAUCCCAAACUUCCCAAGUAACAAUUAUCACAGAUAAUGGAGAAUCCAUCUUGCAGGAUUACUUCUCUAAGGAAAAUAGUCAUCAGCUUCUCCUGAAGGAGGGAAGUGUGGAUUCAAAGCCAACCUGGAAGUAAAAAUCCUAGGGAAUCGUAAUCAUUCAGUGAAAAUAUUAUUCAUUUGUGACCAAGAGUGAGCCAUGUAUACAGUUGAAUAGAAAGUGAAAAGUUAUUGCUGAAGUACAUAAAUGUCAGUAUUCUUUCAUUUUGUCUAUGUAUUGAGAGAGACCAGUAAAAAGCAUUUUACAUGGAUAUUGGAAAUUAAUUUUUUCCUCGGGAGUUUUAAUCCAGCUAAUCUUUUACAAAGAAGAAAGAGGAAGAGGAAGGACUUAAUGCAACAACUGAGAAGGGCUCAUUUGCAUUUUUAAUCAGUUCUUUAAAAGGGGGGGGGGCAUCUGAUUUCAUCAAUGAUUGUCAUAUUUUUUGAUAAGUAAUUCUGUUUCAAUCUUUACUUGUGUGAAAUGGCCAUUUUACUACAACACACUACCCCACCUCUCAGGUUAGGGUUUAUGUUAUUUAGUAACCCUCAUUGUCCAAACCCAACUACCAGUAUUAUUACUUUGAAAGUAGAUGAAGUAAAGAAGAGCUUUCACUCGAAUUAUAAGGUGUUUGUUAAACAGCUUCAUCUUGAGGAAAGAAUGUAUGAGAUGACUUUAAAUGAUCUGCCUGAGUUCUUGUAUUAUUUACAGACUGCAAAUAGAAAGUAUGUGCUAAUUUGUCAUAUAGAAUCUUGUUUAUGUCUUUAAAUACAUAUUGAGACUUCCAGAAGAAUAAACUAUUCUCACUUUGGGAUUGGACCAAAUAAUGGAUCGGAGCAAGAUUCUUUGUUGGAGUGCACAAGUCUUUCCCUAAGAUUUUCUUACCUUCAUGCAUGUAAUUUGGGGAAAACACACACACACACACACACACACACACACACAGUCCUUUGAUUUAGCAAGAUAAAAGUGGGUCUUUCAAAACCCACGAUCCAAGAAAUCAAUUUCUUUUAAUUGCACAACUUUUAAGCAAUAAAAGAAAAUAACACUGCUAUCUCAUCCUUUCUAAAAAUACUUUCUUUAAUUUACUAUUUGCAGUGCUAUUGGAUUUGGACAGCAGCUAAUCAUAUUUUAAAGUGAACAAUUUUUAAAACCUGAUUAGGGUUGGUGCAUUUUACAAUGUUUUGAAGAAUCCUGUCUUCAUUUAUUGCAAGGACGGCUAAAGCCAAGAUACUUACCUUAUAAGUUUUUAGUAGUUUGUCAUGAAUUAGCAAAAAAUACAGCAUUUACCAAUUAAUUGAAAAUAUUUUGGAAGGUUUAGGCAUAUUUGUUAAAGAUUUUUAUAAACAUAUACCAAGUUAAUAUGUAUAAUGAACUUUUUGUUAAGAAAAUACCAUUUUAUCUAGUUCUAGAUUUCUACUUUAACUGUGGUUUGAUAUAUUUCCUUUGUUAGAAUGUAUUAUGAUUGAUUGUUUUUAGGAUGAGGUAUAUACUUUUCUUGCCUUCAUUCUUCAGUGGUUUUUCCUCAGUCUUUCCUACUGAGAAUAUUUGGUGACUUAAAUAAUCACGAUUCCAGUUUGAAAAAGGAAUCCAGAAAUUACUUGGUCUCAAUCUGAUUAUACCUGCUACAUGCCCAAAUCCUAUUACAGUGAUUUUUUCUAAGGUGAUCCAAACUGUUUUGCUGUUAUAGAAAUAAGCAGGAAUGAGAUGGCACAAACUUGACCUUUUAAGAAAGACAUUAAAUGAAUAUAAAUAGGCUUUUAUUCAAUCCAUUUGAUUUACAUCCAUUUGACAGUAUUAAAACAAUAAUUUGAAAGGCAAUUUAAGAAUACUACAUUAAUUUUCAUUUAAAUUUGCUGUGGUAUGAAUGCUGCUUUUAAUGAACAUUUUUUUUUAAUUAGCUAGGAUUCAUUUUCUCUUUGAUCUCAGAAUUUUUCAAGGCUGAAUGAUUUAUCUGCUAUUCGUUAAUUUUUUCAGCAUAUUAUCUUUCUCUUAAAAGUCAAGUAUUAUUCACAUUGCUCCUUACAACCCAGCAAAUAUGAAAAUCCUCCUUUAUUUUAUGUAGCACUAUUCUCAACAUUUUUUCAAAGCACUUUACAGGAUAUAAAAAUAGUACCCAGUAAUAUUUAAGUUAAGGUAGCAGAAAACAAACGAUCUUUCAAACAGAAAUUAUGUUCUUUGCCACCUCCUCCACCUCAAAUAAUAAUAAGCAUGUGGCACAAAUGGAGUUCUUCAGAAAAGUUGUCUGCAUAAUUCUCUUUCAAGCUAAUCUAUUUGACAGCACCAAAUCUGUGACAAUCUUAAUUAGUCUACUGUUUAGUGGAGACUUAGAAAAUUUCAGAUUUACUUCUGUGAGAUAAUUUCACCAGUACAUGUGCAUAGCCUUCCUGCUAAAGGCAUUUGGAGGUAUGGGUCACGAGACGGUACCACUCAAAUCUUGCUUCUGUAUGCAGUCCAGAAUUAAAUUCAUCUAUAAAUUUCUAACUUCAAUUUGCCUUAUUUUUUUAUAGUUAAGAAUUAAUUUUUAGGGAUUUACAGCAGAAUUUUAAAACUAAUUGUUUGAAAAAAUUCUUCUAAUGUCAACUUUAUUCAAAUAUGUAAGGUUAAUUGCUAUUUUCAUCUGAUAAUAUAUCAGGGUUUGACUUUUCUGCCUGCCAUUUCUGCAUUUUUAAAAAUCCUUAUCUAAGGUUUGGGGUUCUUUAGGUUCAAAUUCCUAUGAAGUUUUAUUGUAUAGCAUGAUGUUUCUUAUGUGGAAUACAAAAUGUUAUCAGUAGUAUAUUUUAUGGUAUAUUUUAAAAAAUAAUUUCUAAUGAUCCUUAUUUAAUAAAAUUUUAAUUAGAAGGAAGCUAUAUAAAAUUUAGUGUGUCCUGAAUUAAUUCAACUUAAUUCAAAACAUGUGUUAGUAACACAAAUCAAAUACUAUUUGAUAAUGGGGACAAGUUCCCUGCCCUCCAAGAGCUCAUCCUAGGAAAUAGGGACAACAGGAUCCAGGACAGGGAUUGAGGCAAACAGCAGGAUACUGCAGCAUCAUAAAUGCCCUAUCAAUGACAAUGAAGUGCUGGCACAGCAUUAGGAGAGAGCAAUUAAUUUUAUCUGGUAUGGGGGAAGCGGUGAUCUGAAUACAGGGGCAAUUCGGAAACAUUCAGUUUCUAAAUAGUUAAAGAGUGUAUUCAUCCUGAUUUGUGAACAGGUGCAGACAAAAGCAUGUAUAAUGUUACAUAUUUAUAGUAGUUCUUUGUCUUUAAAAAUGUUAAGUGGAUGAGCUAUUACAAAAGUAAAAGUUGCAUUUUGUAUUUCUCAUUAAAAUUAGUACUUUAUUACUGUGGACCAGAUGCUAAUAUUAAAAAGUAAUACUCUGUAGAAAAAGGUUUUAAGCUGCAUAUGUACCAAUUAUUAAUACAGAAUAAAUGUUAUAUUGGCUCAUGUUUUA